GUAACCACAUAGGAUAUAAAUCAAAGAUUGUAAUUCAACUUUACACUGAAAAUAAUAUAUAUUAUAUAUUUUGUUUUAUUGAGACUUUGAUACUAAAUAAUCAUUAAAAGAUGAUGUCUUCCCUACACGAGAUAAAACCUCACCUUUACCCUGGGUUAGAUCUAGGAUACAGUGAUAGCGAGUGUGCCAAGACGAAUUUUGACGAACAGUGUUCAGGAAUGGAAAUUAAUACAGAUCACGUGGUACUUCAUAGUUACCAACGUGUUAAACUUAUUCCAAAUGUGGACGUAUUUUCUAUGAAGCUUGAAACAUACAUGAGGAUCAGCAAAAUUCCAUAUAAGCUGGAUUCUAAAGAUUGGUGUAAAGGACCAAAGAAUACUGUUCCGUGGAUAGAUAUUGAUGGUAUAAAGAUAGGGGACUCGGGCGUUAUUAUACGACGCUUAAAUGAGAUGUUUAAAGUUGAUUUGAAUGAACAUUUGUCUGAUGAGGAAAAAGCUACAGCGUGGGCCAUACAGAAAUGGUUAGAAGAAUACACAUAUUGGUUAAAAAUCUGGAAACAAAGUGAUCCCUCGGAAGCAUUAAUCACAACAAAAUUACAAGAGAAUUGCAGACUCGGUUUGAUUGAGUCUGUACAUGAGGGAUAAUGUAAAGUGCAACAUCCCUCACGCCCCCUAGCACCGGCUUGAGCGGUACUCAACUCUCAACACUUAAUAGUGCUGGUAUCAAUGAUCCCGAAGGACCAGAAAAAUAUAACAACACUAAAGUGAAGUACGGGGCAACUUUUUAAACUACCAUUCCCGAUGGUACAUGUAUUGGGACGAUCUGAUUGUCAACAUGGUUGAAUGUCCAGCAGCUUUAAAUAAAUUCGAAGUCCUGCAAGAUGGUGGCAGAAGAAACUAACAAAAGCUGCGACAAAAAGUUUAUUAUGGGUGACAAAAUAAGCGAAGUUGAUUGCGCUGCUUUUGGAAUAAUGUCACAAAUAAGAUGGUGUACACCAAAGUCAUGCCCUGGACAUCAAUUAUUGACAGGUGGAAAACAACAGAACGUAAUGGACUAUCUUGACAGAAUCAAGGAUGUGUAUUGGCCAGACUGGGAGAAAAUAUGUGCAGACUGAAAGUGUUAAAUUCUUGUUUGUCCGUGCAGGCAUAUCUACUCAUAUAUAUUAAAUCAUUGAUACGAGAUAUGUAUAAGGGUUAUUUGAUAAAAUUUCAUAAAGAUUCUAGUGUAAUGAAUAUUUUGAUUUACAUUAUAUAAUGUUAUUGCACUGCUCUCUUGACUUUAUAAACAAUAAUCAAACAUAUUCUUUACUUAAACGAGCGAGAUGAAUAUAUACUUUUUUUCAAAUUUAAUAUACAUUGUAAAGCUGUUAAUAAACGUGUUGUAUUGUCUAAAAUAAAAUAUUUUACAUUUGUA